CAUGCGGAAGUAAAUCCAGCCAAGAUGGCAGCGUCCUUCACAGGCAUGUUUUGAUGUUUUGAGAGUCAGACAUGCUGAACAGUUGCACAUUUUACGAGCUGCACAACUGACAAGAGCAGAUAUUGAGAGCGGAACAUGGAGAGACAAGAGUUCGUCGCGUCUUUAGUGGCGGGCGGCUGUGCGGGGAUGUGUGUGGAUCUGACCCUCUUCCCCCUGGACACCAUUAAGACCAGACUGCAGAGUCAGCAGGGCUUCUACAAGGCAGGGGGCUUCAGGGGCAUCUACGCUGGAGUCCCAUCUGCAGCUGUCGGCUCCUUCCCCAAUGCCGCUGCUUUCUUUGUCACCUACGAAUGCACAAAAUCCCUGCUCGGCGCUGGCGGAGCUCUAGCAGCACCGCACGUGGCACCUGUCACUCACAUGCUGGCCGCCUCCCUGGGAGAAAUAGUGGCAUGUCUGAUCCGGGUGCCCACAGAGGUGGUCAAACAGCGGACCCAGGCUUCUCCCUCAUCCACCACCUACCAUGUCCUGCUGACUACAAUCAAAGAAGAGGGUUUCCGAGGCUUGUACAGAGGAUACCGGAGUACGGUUCUCAGAGAGAUCCCGUUCUCGCUGGUGCAGUUUCCACUUUGGGAAUAUUUAAAGACUCUGUGGUCAUGGAGGCAAGGUCACACGCUCUACUCUUGGCAGGCUGCAGUGUGCGGAGCUUUUGCAGGUGCGGUGGCGGCGUUUGUUACCACUCCUCUUGACGUGGCGAAGACCAGGAUCAUGCUCGCAAAGGCCGGGUCGACCACGGCGAACGGCAACAUCCCGCUGGUGCUCUAUGAUGUGUGGAAGAGCCGAGGCCUCUCAGGUCUGUUUGCCGGCAGCAUACCGCGGGUAACCUUCAUCAGUAUGGGCGGUUUCAUCUUCCUGGGAACCUACGAGAAGAUCCACCGCUCGUUGCUUUAGCAGCUCGUCCUCUGUGAAUGUCCUGAGCUCUGACCUGGUGGAGAAACAGCAAGGGAAGCAUCUCUCUGAAUGUAGCACCCUCGUCCCCUGGAGGUCCCCUGAAGGCCUCUCCAAGCUGCUGGGCCCCGAGAAGCAAGGAACACCUGGUGCUUGUUGGGGGAAGAGUCAUCCACGGGCCUGAUCGCAUUACCCAGAGUGCUGCAUUCCUGCUCAUCAGUGCCCUGACUUUAACAGCCUGAGCUCACACCUCUGUAACAGCAACAGUGGUUUGGUGAAGUGGAGCCACACCCUGUCACACGAGGCUAGCAUGUACAGUAUGUGUGUGUGAAUCAAUGAGAUAUGGUAUUAAAGACUGUCUCUUUUUAUGUUUUAAA